GGUCCAGGCAGUGGUUGGACGUGGAACAUGGAGUUGUUGCCCCCGGUCUACAUUUACAGUUCUGAGUAUGUCAGCAAGUGCGACUCCCUGGCCAAGAUCCCUAAACGGGCCAGCAUGGUACAUUCUCUGAUCGAAGCUUAUGCACUGCAUAAACAAAUGAGGAUAGUGAAGCCCAAAGUGGCGUCCAUGGAGGAGAUGGCCUCCUUUCACACUGACGCCUAUCUGCAGCAUCUCCAGAAGGUCAGCCAAGAAGGUGAUGAGGACCAUCCAGACUCCAUAGAAUAUGGGCUAGGUUAUGAAUGCCCAGCCACUGAAGGGAUAUUUGACUAUGCAGCAGCUGUAGGAGGGGCUACGAUCACAGCUGCCCAGUGCCUGAUUGACGGGAUAUGCAAAGUAGCAAUUAACUGGUCUGGAGGGUGGCAUCAUGCAAAAAAAGAUGAAGCAUCUGGUUUUUGUUAUCUCAAUGAUGCUGUCCUGGGAAUAUUACGAUUGCGACGGAAAUUUGACCGUAUUCUCUAUGUGGAUUUGGAUCUGCACCAUGGAGAUGGUGUAGAAGAUGCCUUCAGCUUUACAUCCAAAGUCAUGACUGUGUCCCUGCACAAAUUCUCCCCAGGAUUUUUCCCAGAAACAGGUGACUUGUGUGAUGUUGGCUUAGGGAAAGGAUGGUACUACAGUGUAAAUGUGCCCAUUCAGGAUGGCAUACGGGAUGAGAAGUAUUAUCACAUCUGUGAAAGAUUCACAAAGUUUGGCCAGGAAGGAAGACUGUUCUGCCAAAAGGAAGAUACAUUAGUUCAUAUCUUUGUUAUCUAA